CGCAGCGUCAAAAUGGCUUCCAUGGAAUUUCUGCUGAACGCUGAGCAGUAAUGCAGAAACACUUAAUUUGAAUUUACAUCAGACAAAAUUGAAAUGGCAACUGGUGGGCAUCAUUCGUUUAAGACUGCAUCCACCGACCCACGACCAAGGCGAGGCUGGCAGAGGACUGCGAGUGCCUCAGAUAAGGAGGACAACAUCAGCAAUCACAGCAGUAACCCUGUGGAGCACAGACCUAACAACUGGGACUUUUCUGACUGGAAGCCCCAGGCUCCCAUUGAUAAUACUAAACGCAGAAAGAAGGGCAACCCUGAGCGUGAGAGGGAGCAGUCAUUGUGUCUCGACUCGCCACCUCCCUCAGACCAAACCCGCCGUACGCCCUCUACUUACCCCCGCACCCGAAUAACCCCAUCCACACCAACCUCACAAAGGGUAGCACUCGAAAAUCUCCGUCAGCAAUUAACUUUCAGUGAUAACGAAGAUCAGGUAAGCAAUGAAGGAGAGAAGAACAAUGAGAGGAAUAUGCCCCUGCGACGAAUCAACAUUCCUAACUUCAUGCGACAGGAUGUCUCACGUUCUAGUGAGGAACUUGCAGUGCCGCGAGAAACGGAAACCCGUCGAUCACAAAGCAUGUACACUAACAGCAGACGAGGGGAGCAGUCUGCAGUAGAUGGGUCGGACGGUGGUCAGAUAGUGGGGAGAUUAAUGCAGAUCAGGGACUACAUCAAACAAGCAAAGUCCAUGAUGGACGCCCUUAACAAGUCUGGCUCCCAGAAAAAUGGAGAAGAUGUUGGGAAAUUGAAAAAGCUAUUGGACAAUUUGCAAGAACAAGAAAGAGCCUACUUGUCUUUGCUUCAGCAGCUAUUGUCGGUCAAAGAAGACAGCAGCUCAUUCCUGGACUUGGUCAAUCAGAGGGACACCACGCCCCGCCCCGAGUCCGCGGAGGACACCCAGUCCGUCGACCUCGACCUCCAGUCAGAGACAUCAGAAGCCACCUCAAAUCCCAGGAGUCGACAGAUGGCUAACCUGGAGGACAUGUUAUAUAACCAGCUGAGUCGCGGGAGGAGCAGCACUGGCUCCCGUCCUCGGAUUGAGGACAAGCUGGGAAUGUUUGAGAAUGGGGGCGAUGAUGAAGGAGAGGAGGAGGAAGAAGAAGAAGAUGAGGAGGAGGAGGAGGAGGAACAGGAGAGGAACUCAAUAGUGUCAGACAGGGACAAUACACUGGUGGAUAAUCCAGAUGACAGUUCCAGACAGGAGUGGGAGGAGACAGAUCUUGCUGACCUGGAGGAGAUCGCAGCUGGAGGAGACCUGGAGGGGAUCCAGGCACUGCUGUUACAGGAGAGACUGCUCAGGAAGCUCAAGGAGCAGCAGGAACAGAUGCAGGCUUUAAAAGGAAGACAAGCUGCAUUACUUGCCAUCCAGAGAGACGCAGAGCACAAAUUAGCUGAAGCGCGUAACUGGGGAAAUGAAGCUGCAAGAGGAGCACAGAAUAUUCCAGUGGAGAUUCCUGUAGAAAUACAGAACUCUGGACGACAGGAGUCCGGCACAGAACUCAAUGCUAGAAGAAACUACCUAAGAAAUGAGUUCAAAGAACAGAACACUGACUUGGUGGAGAGACAGAGUAACCCUGAGGUGGAGGCUGCGGCGGUGGCAGCAAGCUCGGCGCUGGAGGAGAACAAACAGCAGCUACAGGGCAAGCUGAGGGAGCUACAGGACAAAAAGCACAAGAUGGACUCCCUGUUACAGGAGCUCAACUCUCUCCGUGACCAGAGGAGCGAGGUCAUGAUACAGUUAAACAACGCCUCUGCUAACAAUGCACAAGGAGCUGAAAGUUUGCCCCCUCCUGAUGCCUCAUCCUCGGGCAUGCGUCUGAGCGCUGGGAUUUCGGCGCUAGCGGAGGCUGACCAGACAGCUGCAGAGGCCCAGGAGUUACAGAGCAUCCUGGAGGCCCGCGAUAAACUCCAAAAGCUUCAGGAGGUGAAGGAGAGACUGAACCAGCUGAGGUCCUUGGUCCAGUAUUAUCAGACUUCUACUGCUAAUGGGGAAGUGCCAGCAGUGGAUGAGAGAACAGCAUUCCAGAACAUGAUCGAGGGCUACGGACAGGGAAUACCAGCCCAGAACAUUGUACAAGCCCAGGCCAGCGGUGGGGUGGAGUUACAGGCUAGUACAGUGUCCAAGUCUGAUGAGGACAACCGCUCCCAGUCAGACAGCUCAGACACCCAGUCCAACCUGUCCAGCCUUGGACCGUGGGGGGACGAUCCCGAGAUCCAGGAAAAAGUCAGGAAACUGAAAGCUGCCAAGGAGAAGUUAAAGCAGCUUCAGGGGAUUGUGUCUCUGGUUCAGCAUAACCCAGACACGACCGAAGGAUUCCCCGAGGGAUUUCAAGAGAGUAUGGCUGAACUAGCUGCUGCCGCCAACGCCGCUGUGCAAGAAGUUCCGCAACGCUUCACUGAGCAGGAUGACAAAAAUGAAGCCAGUGAGGGGGAGGUGCCUAACGAAGCAGAAAGGGAUUCCUUCUAUGAAGCCAAGAUGCAAGAACAGCUUCAGGAGUUGGAGCAGCUGAGGGAUGAGAGACACAAGUUACUGGCCAUCCAGCAGGAGUUACAGUCCCUGCACGACCGGUUCUCAGUGGAGAGAGAGGAGGGACAAGAUGGAGAGGAAGAAGAGACUGAGGUGAAGAGGAAGACUCGUAAACCUGUGGACACAGCCGAGACCUCAGCAGGCCCAACAGAGGAAGUCAGCAGUGAGCGGACUCGUACCAGUGUACCUGUUGUCACAUUUUCGUCCAAUGAUGAGGUGUACGGGAAGAUGAGGAAGCAGCGGAUGCUGAGGGAGGAGUUACGUCAGAAGAAGAGGGAGUUGGAAGCCAUCAUGAAGAAGGACGGCAGCCGUAAACAGUACGGCAAGAACCAGGACAAUCAGAGCGACACCGUCUCCUACACCACCGACGCAUUCGGAGUAAGUGCCAGUGCUGACGCUACCAUGGCGACCUGGGGGGGUUCUACGGUGGACAAUCUGGAGAGUAUCACAGAGGACGACGAUGGUCAGCGGGGAGGGACGAACAUGGAGGAGGAGGAGGAUGACGGAUUUCCCAGUGACGGUAUCUUACAAGUGGAAGAGGAGGAGGAGGAGAAUGACUCGGACAAUAACACAUACACCAUAGAGAACGACGUCCGACAGCGACGUCAGGCCCGCCAACAGCAGAGGAAGAAGAGGAAGGCCAAACCACAGACCUUCCCCCGCUCCAGGGACGCCAGAGGUGCCCGACCCAAGUCCUACCGCAGCAGUCGAGUCAGACAAGAGAAUUACCGAGCUCCAGAGGACAUCAUCCAGGAUGAUGAGGAGAAUCCUACCCCCAUGUCAUCCCCUGGGGGAGGGGCCUACGAUAAUCUACAACAGCAGCUAGAGAGGACGGCCAGCCUGUGUCAAAACCUAUUGUCUACUCAGAGUGGUGGGAUGAUGCAACAACCCAAUGCUGCAGGUACGCCAGGCCUGGGUCUGGGAUUCCCCCACCCCAAUGCUCUACAACAGCAGUUACAGCAGCAGCAGCUGAUGCUGACCCUGAACCAGUGUCUACAGCAGAUCACCAUGCAGCAACUGGAGAUGCAGAACAUGCAGCGACAGAUGCAGAACCUGUCUCUUCUGUAUGAACCUGUAGACCUAGACCCAAGCCUGCCCGCCCUACAGGCACCGCCAGAAGAACCCUUGAGGUACAGGUCCCACACAUCCCUACCCUCGGGCCUAGACUCCAGGGGCCUGACCCCCAAUGCUUCAGGUGGCUUUAAUUUCCAGCCUCGAUUGUCGGCCAGGUCUUUCCCCAGCAGAAGCAAUGAAAAUCUGUUGUUAGGGGAGGCAGUAGGAGGGGAGGGGAUCAGAGAGGUGUUCGCAUCAGAUGUUGCUGACCAGAGCAACGUAGAGCAACACAGGAGAGGGGUACGCAACAAAAGUAGUUCUGUAGGACAGUACAGUGCCGACAGGAGUGUCAAACGGAAGACAUCCAGCAUGUCAGACCGUUCCCGGAGGCAGAACUCCCAGGCUCAACAAACCAGCUUCUCCGAAAGUCCCGACGUAGUACCACCUUUAAACUUGCAGGAAAUACUCAGAAGAAAGAAAAUACAAGGCCAAAAUACCCAGAGUGAAUGGUCCACAAUGUCUCUAGCCUCAAGUAAACACGAAUCAGGUUUGGAUGGUAGUCCUGACGCUGCCACUAGAAGGCAGAGGGGGCGGGGUGCUGUGGACAGGGAGUACCGUCCAGGUCUGAGUGCGGGGAUCAGCGGGGCAGGGUUCCAACUGGAGAACAGCAGCAUGGCCAGCUCUGUGUCCAACCGACUCCAGGCUGACAGUAGGGCGCCGGACAGUCUGGACGGCAGGUACACCACAGAACAGACUGACUUUUCCCUGUUUGAGACAUUGAGAGAAUCCAUCUACUCUGAAGUAGCCACACUGAUCUCUCAGAAUGAGAACCGGCCCCACUUCCUGAUCGAGCUGUUCCGAGAGCUGCAGGGGCUGAGCUCUGAUUAUCUCCGUCAACGAGUCCUGUACAGCAUCCGGGACAUCGUCAACAAACAGCUGACGGAGCAAGCCAGCGCCAACACCUCUGUCAUGGAAGCACCUCCCCCUGCCUGGAUGAAUGCCCAGUCAUUGUAUAACUACACUGCCUCAGAGCUCACCCCGAGUGAAAGCAUGGUCACUGAUGAAGAAGAGGAUGUAGGGGCGAGAGCUAGGACUGAAUCGUCACGGAACACUCAGUCCAUGCUGAGGAGGGGUCACUCGCUCCAUAACAACCCGUUUGAUUACGAGGAGAAUGCGGACAAUGACAGCUCUCUCUCCACCCCCUCUAACAGCUACUGGGACAGUCCCUUCGCUCAGGACUCCCUGGGAGAAACCGUCAUACAUCUUGACAAGGCCUUAAAGAGGAUGAGGGAGUAUGACAAGAAAAUAGCUGAGGGUGAGGCUAAGGCCCGGGCCCUGACCCAGCAAAGAGAGCUGAGGGAGAUGGGCAGGGAGACUGAGCCAACCAGCAGCUCGGCCGUGGACCAGGGCAGUGAGAGCUCAUUCUCCUCCAUGUCUUACCCUAAGAUAGACACCCAGCAGUUGGACCAGCAGAUCAAGGGCAUCAUGAAAGAGGUGAUCCCGGUCAUCAAAGAGAACAUGGACAGUGUGUGCUCCACCCAGCUACUGGCCUACAUCAAGCGCCUGGUGCUGUCUCUGGCCAGGCAGGGCGAGGUCUCCCAGUACUCGCGCUUCUUCAGCAACCAGAUGUCCUCCACCCUGCAGGACACACUGGCCAAAUACGAGGGCAGAAAGAUGCGGCAGUGUGGGGAGGACCUGCUGGUGGACAUGUCUGAGGCCCUCUUCAAUGAGCUGGCCUUCUUCAAGCUGAUGGAGGGGCUGGGGGAGCCGGCUAAUUACUCCGGGGAGGACGAGUAUGAGUCUGCUACACAGAAUCUUGCCUACGAUGAUGAAUCUGGAAUGCAGCAUUUGGUGCAGACAGAUGAAUCAGACACCACAGAGACAGUGACUGAUGAAGAGGAGGAGACACUUAACUCCUCAGUACGGGUCAACGAUCGGGAGGAGGAGGAGGAACUCGGCAAGGAAAGAGAUGAUGAGUUUGCCAAUGAAGUAAGGAUCCAAGAUUCUGAGGAUAAAGAUGAUGAUACAGAAUCACCCUACAAGAAUGCUCCUGUACAAAUACAGCUAGCUCCUAGUGAGACCAAGCCCUUCACAAGAAUUGGGAGCGAUGAAGAUGAUGAGGAUGCGGAUGAAUCCCAGAGUGCGGACGAUCCGUCAGAUACGGCAGUGUCCCACCUGAUGGAGUGUGCCAUGGAGCAGGACGGGACUGUGGAUCAGGAGGGGGAUGACACUCAGGACGAUAACGACGACGACCAGGGGGCCCGGAGUGACAGCAACACUCCACAGAAGGACAUGCCCACCCCAGUCAAAGACACACCCACCUCAGCCAAAGACACACCCACCAAAGAACCAGCUGUCAGUCCACAGGUCAAUGGACAUAUGGAGGAGGAAAAUGGAAAUGAGAUCACAGUGGGAGAUUUACCUGCUGGAAAUCUUAACAUCUCACAGGAACAAAUUGAGAACAAAAUGAAUGAAGAACAGCAGAGCAAUGGGAAUGUGAAUGCCGUCUUGUCCUCCAUAGAGGGGAAGGAGGAGUUAGCCGGUGAUGGACAGUUCCUCAAGGAUCCCCCCACUGCCUGAUGAUGUGUUCUAAGCAGUAUGGCAAUAAAUCAACGAAAGAGAGAUUGUUCCCCUUAACCCUCCCAAUGCUGGAGGCACAAAACUGUUUUCUUUUAUUUAUGUACUAUCAAAUGUACAUGCAAUGUUGUAGUAUUAUUCAAAUUGACUUUGUUUGCAAAAAAAAAAUAAUCAGAAUGUUUGUAGAUUCCAUGUAAAUAAUAUACCUAUGUAUGUUACCUGUAUGUGUUACCUGUAUGUGUUACCUGUGUGUUGUAGAAGAAGGAUCUGCUCGGUGUUUUACACUGCUGUCAUAAUCAUCCCAUUAUUUUUAUUCAGAACAUUGUCUCACAAUUGAUCUGACUGACCUUAUGUUUGUGUACCAAAAUAAAAUGGGACCUGUAGAUUUUUAAUGAAUUGAAAAGCUUGAAUGUGAUACCAAAUAUUUUGAACAGAAAUCUCCUAGAAAGUAUCAAAUCUUUAUGUGUGCGUUAUUUGUACACUACUUGUUGUGACUGUGUAUUCUGUAAAAAGAAAUCUGUUAUUGACCUGUACAUCAAUAUGCUGAGAUUUACUGGCUCUCCAUGAAUUAGUAGAAUCUCAUUAACACUGAUUGUUGACAAUAACCAUAUUAAGGUGGAUCGGUGAAUCUGCUUGUCUCAGACAGUGCUUCUAACUGUGAAGUUUUGCACAUUCCAUAAAUUAGUUGUGAUAUUCCAUCAAGCACUUCAUUGCUGUCAUCCGUCCAUUAUAUGUUGACAAUUUUUACAUUUUACAGAUUUAAUUGAGAAUUGACAGAAGUUUGAUUAGUUUAGCGGUCCAUAUCAUUACUUAUUUUUCUUUGAGUGGUUUGUUAGGAGUUGUACUGAUUACGAUUAUAAACUUGUCAUUUGCCAUCAAGUGAUUAAUAAAAUUGUCUGAAGACAUC